UUUGUUUCAAAACUCGUCGCUUUGACACUUUUUCAGUCACUCAAAUAAAAACAUUCUAGAUAGCGAUCGUUAUCGUACCGUAGAUCGUACCUGCGAUAAUUUAUAAGCUUCAAAAUUCACAUUCAUAAAAUUUUACAAUGAGCAAAAUUAUUUUAGGCUAUUGGUACUUCCGUGGCCUAGGUGAACCGAUUAGAUACUUGCUUCAUUAUAAAAAUGUAAAAUUCGUAGACAAAAGGUAUCAGUUUGACGGUACUUGGCAGAAAGAAAAAUUUUCCUUAGGUUUGGAUUUCCCAAACUUACCUUACUAUUUUGAGGAUAAUCUAAAACUGACGCAGAGCUUAACCAUAUUGCGGUACUUGGCAAAAAAACACAACUUAGAAGGAAAAACCGAGGAAGAACAGUUGCGUGCUUCUUUAGUUGAACAACAAAUAACUGACUUUGCGACUGUAUUUUUCAGAGAUGUCGUUUACGCUAAAUCUAAUGAUUCGCCAAAAGAAUUUUUGAAAAAUGCUCCAGGAUUAUUAAAACCCUUCUCGGAAUUCUUAGGGGAAAGGAAUUUCUUCGCCGGUGAUGAAAUAACUUAUGUAGAUUUCUUGGUUUAUGAUAAUUUUGAUUUUCCCUCUUUGUUUUCUAAGACAAUUUUGGAUGCUUUUCCUAACCUUAAAGCUUUCCAGGAUAGAAUUAGGAAUUUGCCGGAACUUCAAGAAUAUCUAAACUCAUCAGCAUAUAUAAAAUGGCCUAUUUGUGGCCCACCAGAUGCUUGUACUUGGGGUGGUAGUGGUGAGAUGCCAAACUAAUAUGACAAAAUCUUUCUGUGAUAAAUCUGAUUAUUGAUAUCAAGAGCAUUUUCAAGAAUGUCGAAAUGGUGUUUUUCUGUGAUGUUUCCUUAUCAAUUGAUUGCACCAACUAGGACUGCCAAGGUUGCAA